UAAAGGCGGCGGCUUGGAGCCGGGGCCUGGCUUCAUGAAGCAGCAGUGUCCCGGCUGGGCAGUGAGCGCUGGGCUCAGUGUGGCCAGGCCCUUCCCCUUCCUUCCUAUCUACGCCUUUGCUUUUAGUUUGGUAUCCUGAGUCGAUUAUAAUUUUGGGUCUUGAAGACGAUGAGCGGAGCCGGCUCCUCUCGGCCCUUCCUGGACACGGCCAGGCCCCCCGGGCCCCGUGGCGGUGACCUCGUUCCCCGGCGACCCUGCAUCUCUCUGCAGAAGGCCAGGUCGUGCAAGGCUCUGUUCACAGGCACAGGCGCCGGGAUCGAUUACCCCCGCGACCCAUCAGUGCUCAGCCCGGUCACCACUUUAGCUCUCAAUAUGGACAACCUCAGAGGCCUGGGCAGCAACAAUGAUACACCGAAGCGCCGACCAAACGGAUCCCCUUUAAUUAAGACUCUCUCAUCUGAUUCUGAUGCUGGGCUUUGUAUGGAUUCGCCAAGUCCAAUGGAUGAAAAGGAAAUUGAUGAAACAUUUGAAAAAGCAAUAUUAGAAUCUGGAAAAGUGCUUGUCAAAAAAUUCCCCAUAAGAAGAAUGAACUCCCUUCCGCUCACAUUUCUUGGAGCAAGUCCUGCACUAAAGUCAAUCCAUUGCGACGCUCCGGGUUCUGAGGUGCCUUGCCCAGCAGCUAGUGGCAUUCACUCUAGUGAAGGAAACAAAGAAAAUAAAGAAAAUGAAGUAUUCAAAAAGCCUGUCCGACCAGUUUCUAGAAACCGCCUCUUUAGCUUCUACGGUGAUGGCCGACAAGAGCAGCGACCCAGUUCUGCACCUGCAUUAAUGCUCUCGUCUGGUGUGGGCAAUGACUCAAUGGAUGUCGCCAGUCCAGUAUCUCUGCACCGGUCUUCGCUGACCUGUUCUGCUGAUGAUGAAGAUGAUGGAUUUUUGGAGCUGCUUGAUGAAGAUGUUGAGAAUGAAACUGAUGUACCUUCUGGCAUGGCAAGUUUGCUGAAUGCUCCAAUUGUGACUAGAAAGGAAUUGCCAGAGACUCUGAAUGAUGGGACUCCUGGUAAGUUAUCCUGUGACAUCAGCUCCAAGUCACCAGGAUCGUCAUUUGAAAUAAGACCUAUCCUAAAGCGACAGGAUCGCCCCAAAGAUGAAGAGACGCCUGUGAAGAAUAAGCGGAGGAGAAGUCUUGCCGGCUCCACUGUGGCGGAGGCAGGAGAUGAGAAAUUGAAUCAGCACACACUAUUGCGGUCCAAAUCUUUCUGUGAUGCCAAAAUUGAAAGAGUACUGGCAAUUGAUGAUGGCAGACGAAUGAUUGGAGAUUUCUCAAAGCCGUAUAUAUUGCCCACAGUAGAAGGAAGGCACCAAGAGUUGCAAUAUAUAACACCAGAAAUGGUGAUUCAGUUAGUAAAUGGAAAGUUUGAUGGACUUGUUGAGCGGUUCUUGCUCUUCGACUGCCGGUACCCAUACGAAUAUGAAGGCGGACAUAUUAAGGGUGCCCUUAAUUUGCACAUGGAGGAUGAGGUAGAGGACCUUCUGAAGAAACCCAUUGUCCCUGUCGAUAAGGCAAAGCGAGUGAUUAUUAUUUUCCACUGCGAGUUCUCGUCUGAGCGAGGCCCCAGAAUGUGUCGUUUUCUGCGGGAGAAAGACCGUGAGGUGAAUGGUACAGACUACCCAAAACUGCACUACCCAGAGCUCUACGUCCUGAAAGGGGGCUACCGGGAAUUCUUUCCAAAGUUUAAAGUGUACUGCGAGCCUCAGGGCUAUCGCCCGAUGAAUCAUGAAGACUUCAAAGAUGACCUUCGGAAAUUCCGCUUAAAGAGCAGGACCUGGGCCGGUGAACGAAGCAAGAGGGACAUGUAUAGCCGUCUUAAGAAGCUGUGAAGUGUCUUAUGAUUCUUCACGUUGAACUUUUGGACUACUUCCUUGUAUGUACGUUAUGCCUGACCAUUGGUCAGCACCAGAUACUUCUGUUGGGAUGCGGCGCCAAGUUUCAACGGUGUUCAAUACACAUUCUGCACACUGAAUUAGUGACGUGGGCAAGGACCACAUGAUUUCAAACAAGUCCUAUGCUUGGUGUGAGGCUGAUUAUCUCAACAACCAUGUUGGCAUAAAACCCACGUUAACUGUAAUUGUGUAAGCUUAUCUGAAGGCAUCAUGAUGGGUUUGUAGUUGGCUGCUUCGCAGUCAGCUUGCACUGGUGACGUGUGCAUUUAGUUCUGUCAUCCAUUUAAUGCUGGAGGCUUGUGGGGUAUUACCUGAAUGAUAGAAAAAAAAAUGUAAAAGAGAUGGUCUGUGGCAACCAGUGUGAUCUUUGAUCACGAAAAACUGCCUAGCGAAGCCUCUGCAACAAAUAUUGGACCUGUAAACUUAAAACAAAAAAAAAGUAAAUAUUUUGAGAUCCCUCAUUUGCAAUUGUAAUUCCUUCAGAAUAAGGAAUGACAACUUUUAUCCUUGUGAAUAGGUUGAAGUAAUCAGACUAGCUUUGGGGCUUCUGAUUUUUAUUUUGCAAGUUUCCCGUCUUAAAUUUGUGUCUGGCACGCAAGGUUUAACAUUUUCUCAUCUGCCAAAUAUAUUUUAAAGUUGCUCUUUAUUUGUCAUGCAUUUUAACAGCACUUAAAACUGUACCUCAUCCUGAUAUAUUAAUCUAUCAGACAUGUGAUCAGAAAUCUUUUAAGUGCCAAAAACCCAGUGGAACCAUUUCUAAAGCGUCUUACAUUGUGCCUGACAACUCUUCGAAAUUUUAUUUUUAGUUCAAUCAGGUAAAUAUGGUGAGGUUUUACGUGCCCAGUUCCUGGCUUUGUACUGGGUGUACGGCAAGUUUUUUUAAAAAAUGAUCAACCUUGCUGUUUCAAUACCAGGAUAAACCAUGGAUUCAUUAUGGGAUUUUACUGUUCUUGGACAAUUGAAAAUUAUACUUCCUAAAUUUCCAUUUGCAUACCUUUUGAUAUUUUAAAUUUGUUUUCUUAUUCCACAAUGAAGGAAAAUCAGUGAUACUAGAAAACUGACUUGACAGUAAGGAAGCCUUGAUUUGGUUAUCUUUUCUAUGCAGGAUGAGUGACUGUUCCAGAGCUUUUUUAGUUAUGGCUCUGUGACCACUGAAUUCUUCAUUAAUACAAGUUUUUUUUUAAAAAAGUUUUCAUACACCGAAUGAUGAAGAACCACCUGACUGCUGCACCCUUUAUAAAUGAACCUGUCUCGUUCCUGUGAAAUUCUGGAAAACUGAGUUCAUUGAAACUUGUGCUGCUAAAGGGCCUAUAUUUCAAAAAUGGGAGUGCUUGUUUCCCCACAAUGGCCUGAUUUUUAAUCACCAGUAACUUUAGUCCCAGUGGUUGAGUUAAUUGUUAACCUUCCACUGCUGUUCGUUGCAACACUCCUGAUUUAACUCUAUGGGACAUCUUGCAUUCAGACACUUUAAGCACACCAGUUCGUCUAUGGGCUGACUUAUUCUGCUUGCAAUGUGCAUUAAGUCCAGUACUGGAUUCCAGACUCGUGCCUUUGAGAGCUACAGUUGUAUACUACCAUGUAAAGUUGUAGAUUCUUUUAUACUGCCUAAAUGACCUUUGUUCAGUGAUCUGACAGCCUGUGGCAACACCUCUGUGCACUGGUCAUUACUGCCUUGAAAGUUAACAAUGCAAACUGUGUGGUGCAAGGGAUGGGAAUUGGUGUGAUUUUACAUGCGGCUGUAAUAAGUGGUUUAAUUGUAUAUUGUGCAAAGAUGUACCUAUUUCAGCCAAGCUGUCUGAGUGCAGAGAAAUAAAUGGCUCCAGAUAAA